AUGAGUUCAGUAACCGAAUCCAAGAUCGAUAUGCUCGUGAUCGGAGCUGGGCCUUCGGGCCUCAUGCUUAUGACGUGGCUGGCUCGGCUUGGAAUCAAGGCUCGCAUCGUCGACAAGCGAUUUAAUAGAAUAAACAGCGGGCAAGCAGAUGGUCUGCAGAGUAGGACGUUCAAAAACCCAGCACGUAUUGAGGACCAUCUGCUCAAGUACAUCGACAAGUUCAGUGGCAUUGAGGUGGAAUACGGUGUGAUGCCAGAGUCCCUUACUAUUGAUGCCGAUAAGGUUGAAAGCGAUGAAUAUCCCAUCUCGGUUACUCUUCGCAGCUUACCUAGGCCGGAUGCUAAGUCUCCUCACGUUCCGGCUGAUGAGCGAGAGCCAAGGGUUCCAAACGGACUCUAUAGAAGCAAUCUCACAGCGGAUAGCAUAGACGAGAUCUUGGGCGUGCUCGAUAUAAUUCCUAUUACGGACUUUCCCGACAUUAGGUAUCGCUGCGCCAUUCACUCGGACUCCGGCAGCAUGAUGGUCAUUCCUCGAGAGGGCAAAUAUGUCAGGCUCUACAUCCAGGUCACAGAGGUAGAUGAGAACGGUAAAGCUAUCGACCGUUUUAAGAUCACGCCGCAGACCUUAGUCCAAGCGGCCAGCAAGAUCCUCUCGCCUUACAAACUCAGCUACAAGCAUUGUCACUGGUGGACUGCAUACCGCAUCGGACAAAGAGUGGGCUCGAAAUUCAAUGCAUAUGAUCGCGUCUUCCUUGCUGGCGAUGCAGUGCACACACACAGCCCGAAAGCUGGUCAAGGCAUGAAUAUUAGUAUGCAUGACACAUUCAAUCUGGGAUGGAAGCUAGCUUCUGUCGUCAAGGGAUGGGCGAAGCGAUCGCUUCUCACGACAUACACUACCGAACGGAGGUUUUCCCGCCUCUUCUCGGGCCGGCCUGCCAAGGACGUCCUGGAUGAAGGGGGCAUAGACCUGAAGACAUUUAAGCAAGUUUUUGACAAAGGCAACCUAUUCGCUAGCGGCUGCGCUGUCGACUACGGUGCAAGUAUUAUUGUAGCUAAGCACCAGGCUAUUGAAAACGCGAAUGGAACGGGAGCCGUCGCGACGAUUGGGAAGCAAGAGCUUGCUCUAAAAAUUCCCAUUGGAAUGCGCAUACCAAGUUAUAAGUUCUCGCGGUUGUCAGCUCUUGGAAAAGCAUUGAGCUCGCCUAGUUCAUUCUUGAACCAUUAUAAGCCUAAAGAGGAUGAAAGGUUGGCCUCAUUUUUCGAAAUCUUGACUGUUCAUUCUUCCCCCCGACACGAGGUUGAGCUGCUCUCGUUGCCGGACAUUUUUCACCCUUACUCAGAAGAAUAUGGCUGGGAUUAUGAAAAGGUUUUUGUAGACGACGUGUCAUACCAUGAAGGGCAUGGGCAGGCGUAUGCAAGCUAUGGCAUUGAUACUACUAGGGGCUGUGUUGUGGUCGUCCGGCCGGAUCAAUAUGUUAGCUGGAUUGGAGAGCUGGAAGAUGUGGAUGAUAUGGAGAGGUUUUUUGAAGGAAUUUUUCAGUAA